AGAGAUGCAGUGAGAGCAAAAACAAUAGGCCCGGCAGAUCACAUUCAUACAGAUGAGAGUUCAGAGAGGGGGUGGAGAGGCUACGAAAAAGCUUUUCAAUAAGGAAAUAAAGAACAAGGGCCAAUACAGAAAAAGACAGAAGACAACCUGAGAACAGAGAGCUAAGAGGACGGAGCUGCAGUCUGCUGGAUUUGUGACUCAUUCAGUGACUGAAGAGAAAGGUGAAGAUAGCAAACGAAAAGUGCUAAGGACAAGGACUGCUGGUUUUUAAUUGCAUCUUACCAUCUGCACCUGUGCUGAAUCUCCUAUGGAAGGAAUAUUGAUGAGCCUGAUUCAAAAGCCUGAAGUCAUCACUACAGAGACACAAUGACCAUGUUCUCCUCUGCCUCUUCUUCCUUUUUAACUCUUUCAGCCUCCACAUCAUCGAACUCCUCUCUUCCUGUCUCUAUUUUGAUGUCAUCCUUGUUGCCAGUCGCCACUCUUUCACCUUCCUUCACUUCUUCAAAGGUCUCUCCAAAUGAGACUACCUGUUCAUUUGAUGACACGGCCCUUCGUCUGCCGCUGGUAGUCCUCUACUCCCUGUUCUUCAUCUUUGGGCUCAUGGGUAACCUCUUCGCCCUGUGGGUGUUCCUUUUCCUACAUUCAAACCGUAACUCUGUGCGAGUGUUCCUCAUCAACUGUGCUGUGGCUGAUCUGGUCCUCCUGGCAUGUCUGCCCUUCAGGGUCUUCUACCAUGUCAAUGGAAACAAAUGGGUAUUGGGAUCUGUAGCCUGCAAGCUGGUGGGGAAUCUAUUUUAUAUGAACAUGUACAUCAGCAUCACCUUACUGGGCCUCAUUAGCUUGGACAGAUACCUGAGGAUAAAGGGAAAAGGCAGAGCACGGAAAGGCAUUAGGAUGAGGAUGUGGGGGCACAGCCGGCCGUGGAGUUGGGUCGCCUGUGGCGUCCUGUGGGGUUUGUCACUGAUGGCGCUGGUGCCCAUGAUUGCAACAGCAGAGGACAAAGAGAACAGUGACCAGUGCUUCCAGUACAAGCAGCGGCGCAUAGCCAAAGGGAAAGCCUACUUCAACGGAGCGCUGGUGGUGCUGUUCUGGCUGGUCUUCAUCAUGCUUGUGGUCUCCUAUGCAAAGAUCGCCUCCCAGUUGCUGAGAGUGUCACGGGACAAACCAGACCUUCCCAAUGCACACAGAUUUGAAAGAACAGCCAAAAAGUCCUUCUUUGUCCUCUUCCUGUUCACCGUGUGCUUUGGGCCCUACCAUGCCUUUCGCCCUGUCUACAUCUUCUCCCAGCUCAGUGAAACUGUAUCUUGUGAGUACUUGCAACUGGUGGACCGCACCAAUGAGGUUAUGUUGUUAUUCUCUGCUUUCAAUAGCUGUUUGGAUCCUGUCAUGUACUUUCUGUUAUCUGGCUCAGUACGCAAAACUGUCCUCCAAACACUUGGACGCCGACUUGGCAACCGUCUUCUCUUCCUAAACGAUGCGACAUCUAACAGCUCAACAACUGAGUUCAGACGGCCGUCUGUGCCUAACUCUGCUCUGAACACCCCAAGAAACAGUAUCUGUGUCAUUAACUGCACCGUCCGCCGCACAGGGCUGACCAUGCUUCCACCUACUGGCCAACAGUGAUCACAAGAACGAACACUGGAAAAGUUAAUAUCUGAUAUUUCUAACUUAGGCUGAACUGGUUGAUUCAAACAAAUAAACUGUCUCUGCACACACUGAUUUAUACUGGCUUAUGUCAAACAAAAAUGUUUUUGUAACUGUUGAGCUAUUCUUACUGUGCUGCCUUCAGAACAUCUUUAUUUAGUGGAAAUCCUUGUUUGAAUUCUAGUCACUGUCUGACUUAAAGACUGACAAUACAGUAUUGUUUGAAGAGAUGCACUUUUGUGACUACUCUGACAUCAGCAACAUUUCUGAAAAUGUAAAUGUGUAUAUUGAUAAUAAUAGAAUGAGUGUAUUUGUUAAAAAAAUUAAAUAAACACCUGUAGAAUGAAUAUGAUCUUGUCUCACAGGAAGAAAACAGAUGCAUAGGCAGACCCACAUACAGACCUAACAACAGGUCCAUGCUGUCAGCAGCUCAGUCUCCUUAGGUACACUGUACUAAACAAUAACCUCCAUCUUUAGUCAACUGUAGUACAUCUGUCAAUUUAACUUAAACUUACAAUGUACUUUCUAACUUGAGAUGAAUGUAUUAAAAGCUACACGUAUGCAGGAUUACUCCGAAUAAGUUAAAACGAACCCCUACAGUAAUCUGAGCCAGGGAUGACUCACCAGCGCACACAGUUUGACACUUAAAACAAGGCUGUGUUCAUCCCUGUGUUGUCAA